CGUACGCAUCGCAUCUGCAGUGUUGUUGUGUCGCUUUUCUCGCCUAAAAAUGAUUAGAAAAUAACCCGUAUGGAACAUUCCGUCGUCGUCGGUGGUGUUCUUUAAGGAUUCGAUUAUCGACAAACGAAACAAGAGCGUUUGUGAUAAACGGAGGUAGACCUCCCCAGUGUUGUGUGGUUUGAUCAUCUCUCGUGCAGCGAAGAACGGCAAUAGUGCGGGGUGUCUAGAUAACCAACCCAAUUCCUACAACGAAAAACAUCAUACUCAUCAUCAUGCAUCCACUACUGGAGUACCUGAAAAGCCCCGAGUUGGUUGUGAAGGUACAGGAAUACUUCGGCAUCGUGUACGAGCGUAACGCCGGGAAGGAAAAGAACCCGCUGGCGAACGGAAAACCGGUGAACGGGGCGGUCGUACACAAUGGAACCGGCGGCAAGGGUGGCUUAUUAUCCAACGGUUCCGCCGUGAAUCAUGCAACCUCCAACAGCACCAACAAGAAGAUCGAUGGCGACGAUAAUGCUUAUCGUGUGACGAAUUACUUCUGGUACGUGCUGUUCAUUGUCGGCACCGAGUUGGGGGAUGAGAUAUUCUACGCCACGUUCAUCCCGUUCUGGUUUUGGAACAUCGAUAGUGCGGUCGGGCGACGGGUCGUUAUGGUUUGGUCGUCGAUUAUGUACGUAGGGCAAAGCCUUAAGGAUGUAAUUCGGUGGCCCCGUCCAUCCUACCCUGCGGCCAGAUUGCAGAAAAAAUGGGGCAUGGAGUACGGUAUGCCAUCGACACACGCAAUGGUUUCGGUAGCGAUACCGUUUUCGGUGCUGAUCUAUACGUACGAUCGGUAUAUUUACUCACUGCCCGUUGGGUUGGCCAUAGCGUGCGUUUGGUGUGCUGUGAUUUGUGUUAGCCGAGUCUACCUGGGCAUGCACAGCGUGUUGGAUAUCAUUGCGGGACUUGUGUUGGUCAUCCUAUUGAUGAUUCCUCUGAUCCCAAUCGUUGAUAAAUUAGAUCUCGUUAUCGUUACGGCACGCUGGUCGCCAAUCUAUGUACUGGCUAUUUCGAUAUUCCUUAUCGUUUUCUAUCCGGAUUCGGGCAAAUGGACUCCAACAAGAGGUGACACAGCACUCACGGUUAGCGUUUGUGCCGGUAUCGAGAUCGGUGCCUGGUUACACUAUCAUCUGGGAGAAUUCCAACAGCCGUCGCAACCUCCGCCGUACGAAGUUAUCUGGCCUUCGUACAGCAUGCUUGGACUGCUGCUGCUCCGUACCGUGCUCGGGCUGUGCUGCAUCGUAGCGUCACGUGCCUUCGCCAAAUCCAUUUCGUACGCUUUCGUAUGCUUCUUGCUUGGGCGGGAUAAGAACGAACUGCGCCAGUCGGAGAAUACGCUCGAGAACAAGAACAAAAUCAUCGUCGAGUUAUCGUACAAACUGUUUACCUACGGUGUGAUCGGCUUUAACACGCAGUAUCUGCUGCCCAGUGUCUUCAAACUGUUGAACAUUGGUCGACCGGAUUUCUACACGGAAAUCUAACACCACUUCCCCGCACAGUGACCAUCGACCCGAGAAACGUAGCCAUCAUCACAACCAGCGUGACAACGCGUGCACAUUCCAUCCACACAAUUCCGCGUGAACUACCAAGCAAUUUAGUUUGUAGGAAAGCAUCGUUCAUUAUUCACAUCUCUUCCGACGAGUGACGGUAUCCACAGGACGCGUAUCGUUGUCGAAUGUUUUUAAAUGCACAAUUUCUCCACUACCUUACACUCUUAAUCUCCAAACAAUAGGAUACCUAUAGAAGUUCCCACAAGCAAAAAACUCCCUUUCUAAACCAGUAGUUCUACACUUACGAAUCUUUAUCCGGGACCCGGAUAGCUGGCCAUGGAAAAUGUUUUAGAGUUGUAGUUAACCAUUUUUGCAAGACACAUGCUAAAAAUCUCAAAAUCUCUAUCACAAUUUUGUAACGCUCGGCAAAGCUUACUGAUCUUAGUGCUUGAUAGUACUAUUGGGUAAUAGCUGUAGCCUAAACGAUUAGGUAAAAUCAAUUUAUCAUACGUCUCCUAGAGCUUCCGAUUGGUACACGACCUAUAUGGUGGAAGACAUAGGGAGGUUUUUAUUCAAAAUGAACCACAGUGUACGCGACAACAGUCAAAUUGAUACAUAGAGCUUAAACGAAACACGUACAUCGGAACGUACAUCAUCCCAUACUGCCAAUAGAGGUUUUUUCGAACAAAUAAUCCGCCAACGCAUCGGAUUCUCAUCAUGCGCCCACUAGCCUUCCCCGGGAGGGACGGCCAGGUGCCGUCCGGAAGCAGAGUAUUCUAGUCUAACUUGAUGGGAAGAUAUGUGGAGCACGUGCAGUGCUGCUUUAAGUGAGAACGUAGGGCGAACUGAAGGGAAAAGUAGGCGCCGAAAAAAAGCAUCACUUGCAACUAAUGUUUACGACGAUCAUAUGGAAGAGCGUUGGAAGAAAUAUCACACACCCUUUCUUUCAUUUGCAGAUUUGAUAUAAAGAUAGGUUCAAGAUGCCUUUUGUAGUACGAUAAUCCAGUUA